AUGGCCUAUUACAUCCCACAACUUACAAAUAGCCUGCCUAGCGAUAGGGCAAUAGUCGCCUUCAGCAUCAGGACUCCAAAUGAAACUGCUACUGUUCAUUUAGUCGGUUCUUGGGAUAAUUUUUCGGCGCCUCUUCUCAUGGGCAAGGACUUCAAGUCAAACACUGGGGCUUGGAAAAUCUGUCUUGGGUCUUCCAAAUACGGUGCAGGAGCAUCAAUUGACGGCCUCAAGAUGGGUGGCAGAUACACAUAUUACUUUGUCAUCAAUGGGCAUAUUCAGAUGCCUGAUCCCACGGUGGCGGAGCGUGUGGUUGACCCUCGCAGCGGAACAAUCUGUAGCAUUUUCAAUGCCCCGUUCCAAGUCGCUGCAGGCCAAAAAGUGAUCGCUGGCAGCCCGGAACUUGCGACCACUGAGAGCUUUGCGCGAGAACUAUCAGCUUGUAAACAGAGACAAAGCCAAAAGGCAUACCCAUUCAACCUUAACCAGAACGACGAAUAUGCCAUCCUUGGGAAACCGGGUUCAGCUUCUAAUAGAGCUAAUGCCCCCCAGCGACCAACCGUUGUGAUACCGAACGGAUCACAGCAAACCCAAACUAGCCCUAUUUCAGCCGUUCCAUCUUUGACACCCUCUUCUGGACUCAACAGUGCUGUUUCGCCGACUUCUGUAGGUACACCAUACUCUGGAAGGCUUAACCUACGCUCUAAGAGAAGCUUUGGAUUCGGAUUCAGUAGAUCGAACAGUGUUCGUGAACUUGGAGAGCGGACAUCCACCCCAUCGGAAGUGGGAAAGAAGCGCGGAUUCCACCUCAAGACUCCUAGCAUCCCAUCUAUCUCGAAUCUUAUCAAUUAUAACUCCUCAAAACCUCGCUCCGGCUUUCCGGUGAUUAGUAAUCCUAUCCCGCAAGAUUUCGAUAGAUCGUAUCACACUGGUGGACUUUCUCGUUCUUCGUCCGCGGCUUCGAGGCGUCAAGCACAGUGCACUGGCCUUGGUAUCAAUAUGGCUUCUUGUCAAUCUUCGCGAUCCUCGCUCAUCGAGGACGACGAACAGGAGAUCCUCGAGGCACAGGAUCAUGCGUAUAGCGCUGUCAGAUCCCGCAAGAUGGCUUCCUCUAUCUCUCGGCCAUUGUCUGUUGCAAGCACCACGAUUUCUGACAGCCCGUCUUUGACGCAGAGCGAGUUCUCAGUAGAAUCGUCGCCCAGUCCAGUCGAUGACACCAGUAGCAUUUCCAGCAGCCCGAUGCAAUCUUUCGAUAGCGAUGUUGAGAUCGAAACAGAUGACGAGGAAGAGAACGUGGCAGCCGCCAUCAUGGCGACUAAGCUCCAAAUCGGUGGCAAGUACGCAUAUAGCGGGCUUGACACUGUCCGAGUUGAUGAUCUCGCUGAUAUGGAAAAUUGGUACCGCUCUGCGGCUGGAAAGUCAAGAUCCUCCCGACAUUCUCGGAGCACGCGUUUCAGCGAUGUUUCGUGCGCCACCCGAUUUGAGGAGUCUCAAGACGACUUGUACCCUACUCAAACCUCAUCUGUCAAUCGAUCUUGGCCGUUAGAAUCCAAAUCUAGACGUCUAUCCCCGAGCCUGCCGGUUCAUGCUCCAAUGCCAGUGAGGCCAGAAGCCGAGGCUAUCGUUGCCAUUGAAUCCAUGGAGGUACAGGCAGAAGCGAGAUUGCGAUCACUCAUUCGAUCAUCAUGGGGUCGAUUUGACUAUGUUGAAAUCGGAUCCGAAUCUAUCUCUGAAGAAUACCAAAAUUAUCUCGCAGAACUUAAUUACCUCCGCCGCGAAGUCGAAGACCUUAGGCGAGAGAAGGAAUACUUCUACAGACACCUGCCAAUUACAGAGAAAACCCUCUAUUAUUAA